UGAAGACGCUUAAACCAUGGAUUUCCAAACACUGUACAAAUACAUCUGUCAGUUUUGUCUCAGUGUGCAGAUCGUCUGGGGUUUAGACGAGGUGAUGCUCCUGAAUCCUCCAGAGGAGCCUCUGCCAGACCAUCUUCUGGAAAUACUGUACUCUUGUGAUGAACCUGCCACAGUACAGCUGGACUGUAUUGUAACUUUUGAAAGUGGCGUCACAUCCACACUUCAGCUAAGUCAGUGGAGCUGCGUCCCUGGUGACCCAAAAGUAAAGACUCUGGAGCUGAACCUGCCUGAUUGGUUGGUGUAUCAAGCUGAUGGGAUUAUUCCAGACUCCCAGUGGGUGCUGAGUUGCAUCCUUGAAGUGUCAGUCAGAUACAGUGGAUUUGAUGACACUGAGAGUUUUGUUGCAGCUCAGGAUGUGGCAACUUUGCAGCCUAAACCUUUUUUUAGUCGACCUGUCAAACAGCAUCAACUGUGCUUUUCCUGGAGCACUCAAAUGCUGCAAUUAACUCAACAGUUUUCAAAGAAACAAUGCCCUGUGGAGCAAGAAACGGUGCACUUGCUGUCUUCAAUAUUCGCCUCCACUGGAGAAAGCUUUGGUAUCACAAAGAUGCUGGACCCUUACAGCAGCCAGCUUCUGGAGUAUUUGCGUGUUAAUGCCGUCUCAUUUCCAUGGUGCAUGUUCUCCAUAUGGAUAUUUGUGACCAGACACUGCCAGGAACGCUUAUGUGGUGUGUUUUACCACAUAGACUCCCAUAAUAACUAUGUCACACCAACAAUAUUCCUCAAAAACUCAGGUGAGCUACACAUACAAAUGAAUGGAGAGUCCGGGCAGUCCUCUGCUUUUCGCUCUCCAUUCAAGGUGCCUUUAAAUGAGUGGUGCCAAAUCAGUGUGAUGUUGCAUGGUAGAAUGGAGACUGUUUCCAUGGUGUGCAUAGAUAAGGACCAGAGAACAGUUCAUUCAGUGGAACAUGUGUUGGAGCAUACUAUCAAGUUGGAUGACACAGAUGGAUAUUUUGGGAUUGGUGGGGGGAAAUACAUAAGAGGCAUGGAGGGUUAUUUCGGGCCGUUGGUUUUCUACCGCAGCAGAAUACCACCCUACAGCCUGUCUGAAGUUGUUAUUCCAGAUGUUAUCAGAACUGUCAACUUGACCGGAUGGCUGCAGACUUGUCAACGAUUUAGUCUUGAGAUGAAUGUCAAAAUCAGGGGCUACUCUCUCAAAGCCAAACACAGCACAGAGUCUGGAAUCUGCUUCAAUGCUUUUCAUGAGUGGAUGGUAAGGACCAGACCAUUAAAGUCACAGUGUGAGCCGUGGGAGGCGACUGUCCCUCAUAGAAGACAAGCUGCAAAACUGGCCAAAUUUUUGGUUUUCAAACAGGGAGGAAGAAGAGUCAGCCUUCCAGCUGUGGGCAGAGCACUGUACUCCUUAUCACUUCAUAAGCUGAGCAGAGCAAGCAGCACCGAGGUGGUCAGCACAGUAUUACCACUGCUGCUCCAAUCUGGCUGCUUAGCUGAUACCCGAGCUCUGCACAUGUCGUCGGUGCUCUUCAGCGCUGGCCUGGGAGUCAAGGAACAGCCCAAUAAGGCCUGGCUCCUGGCCCUGCUGGCUGCCCAAAAGGAUGAUCGAUUAGCGCUUCUGCAUCUUGGGCACCUGCACCACCAAGGGCGCCAUGGCCUCCCAUCAGACCCUGACCUGGCCUAUGCAUAUUAUGCUAACAUUGCUAAACAGACGACUUUAGACCGUCACAAUCCAACACCACAGCAGACAUACGUUGAGGCUGUUUACUUAAACAAUGAUGAGGUGUUAAAUCUCCAGACCAAUGAAGAUCAUCAUGUCUUCCAGUGGCUGAAACUGCAGGCACGCAGGGGAGCAGCUGAGGCCGAGCAAACGAUUGCCCGCAUGCUGUUCUGGGGUCAGCAGGGAGUGUCUCCAAACAUCCAGAAGGCUGUGAAACACUAUGAAAGAGGAGCUGUCCAGUGGGAGGACCCGGUGUCAAUGUAUGACUAUGGCAUAGUCCUAUUGGAGGGACAUGGGGUUGAACAGGACAUCCCAAGAGCUCUCACUUUCCUGAAGAAAGCAAUGGACCAGGAUUUUGUUCCUGCGAUCAAUGCCAUGGCCUGGUACUAUGAGCACUUUGAGCGGGACUACGAGCAGGCGGUACAGCUGUGGGAGCAGGCUGAUCUCCUCGGCUGUCCAGAAGCUGCUUUGAAUCUCGGCGUCAUGUACUCACAGGGGCUGUAUCCAGGAAAAGCUGUCGACCAGUUUAUGGCCUAUCAGUAUUAUCUGAAGUCUGCAGAAAGAGGACACAUCAGGGGAGCACUUCUCCUCGCUGGCAUCUGGACCACUGGGAUACCUGGCCUCGUCAGCAGACAUCCAUCAGAUGCAGUUUUGUGGGUUAAGUGGGCAGCUGAGCACAAUGGAUACCUGGGCAGCAUCCUGCGGAGGGCCUUGGAUUCAUAUCUCAAGAGUAACAUGUUCAGAUCACUGUUAUAUUACACUAUAGCUGCUGAGUGCGGUUACUCGCCUGCCCAAUUCAAUGUGGCAUAUCUGUGUGAACAAAAUUCGUUAGGUUUUCUGGAUCCUGCUUUUGCAUCUAACUGUAUGGGGAGAUAUUACAACCUGACAAUCCAAAGUCAAAAUCCUGACACUUAUGCUUUGAUUAGGAUGGGUGACCUGUUGUAUGAGGGGCAAGGUGAUGGGCGAAGAGACGUGUUUUCUGCAGCAAAGAUGUACACACACGCAGCACUAAGGAAUGACCCGCAGGGAUGGUACAACCUUGGCCUCCUUGCUGAGGAGGGUUUCAGGCUGCCGCUGUCAGUUUUGAUUGAUCUUGGCCUUUCAGAGCUGUACCUGGCAGACAACAGUUUGCUCCGAAGCGCUUUGUACAAAAGAUGCAGAGACUCAGAGGAUACAGAUUCAUACUUGCCGUGCAGCCUCGCUCUCUUCAAUGUGUAUCUUCAGACAUUCCAAAAGGACUACAGUGCUGCUAUUAAGGUCAGGCAGUUCUCUACUGCUGUCGCUAUGAUUGCAGCUCCAACCAUUUUCUUCAUCAUCCUCAGUGUCCUACAGGAGACAACCUGUCCUUUCCAACUAGAGCCACGACUCUUAUCAGGACCCAUAGAGGAUUGA